CACCAUGUGUAUACACAUGUACGGUGCGAGAAACGGGGAGAGGGAAUUCACGGAUCUGUCAAGUCGCGUCGGUGAGCGGGUCUUGUCGUAAGUCGUAAGAUGACCUGAGCAUUGAACGACGUAUGUGCGACGAGCGAGCGGCACUAACUAACUACAGCACAACGAUGCGCGAGUCGCGCACGCCGGUCGGGUUGCUACACGAUGCUCGCGAGCUCGCGAGGUACGCGCGCAUCUCCCACGGACGCGACGUACGCGGGGCGAUCCGGUCGUUCGAGAGCUAGUGCGGCGAGAGGUACCUCGCGUUGCUGAACGGCCAGCUCGUCGUGCGUGAACUCCGGAACGUGGACGAGGAAGACUCGCGGUACCCGUCUGACGGUAGCCCACCCCGAGGGAUGCGUUUCCACCAAGUACCUCGCAGCGGUUUCGCGUGUUUCGGAAUGCCCGAAGCUUGUAUUAUCAAUUGACGGCUGCACAAGUAACUUUGUCUCAUGCUGUGAAUCACAUUAUCAUCGGCGGCUCUUCUUCCGUUACGAUCGAGCGCUUGAAAUUCUCUGAUAAUAAUAAUAACGCGGGAGAAGAAAAUGGCUCUUCAGAGAGAGAGAGAAAGAGAGAGAUGCCACUGAGAGAUAACAUUGGCGUUAAUUAAAGCAGUACUUCUCUGUCAAUUAUUACUUGCAGCCUGAGAUUUUCUCCGAGAUUAUCCUCGCAUAAACAUUACUCAGCAUGGAUAACAUUUGGAAAAGCAUAAGGUUCAAAUAUAUCUUUGCUUGCAUCUUGAUUACCUUCGUCACGUCGUGUAUAAUCAGCAUAUCGCCCAUCAGCAUCGACGAGUGCAAGUGUGAAGCUAAUGCUCAGACGGGUCAGCACGCCAAGCAAACGAGCGACGAGACCAACGAGCGUAAGAAGAAGGCCGAGCAUCGACUGGCUGUACUGGUGCCAUUUAGGGAUCGCUUUGAGGAGCUACUGAUAUUCGUACCGCACAUGCAGAAAUUUCUAGACAAGCAGGACAUAGAUUAUCAUAUAUUUGUAUUAAAUCAGGUGGACAGGUACAGAUUCAAUCGAGCGUCCCUCAUAAACGUGGGCUUCCUUGAAACGGAGAAGACGUUUGAUUACAUUGCGAUGCACGAUGUGGAUCUGUUGCCUAUGAACGAUCAGUUGUCGUAUGCAUAUCCAAGCGCGGGACCUCACCAUAUAUCUUCGCCGGAUUUACAUCCCCGGUAUCAUUACUUCACCUUUAUCGGCGGUAUACUGCUCAUUAAGAGGGAGCAUUUCAUACAGGUGAACGGAAUGUCAAAUAAAUAUUGGGGAUGGGGUCUUGAAGAUGACGAAUUCUACGUUAGGUUGAAAGAGGCCGGCUUAAGCGUCAGUCGUCCGCAAAAUAUAUCAACGGGAACGCAUAAUACAUUUAAGCACAUACACGAUAGAAAUCAUAGAAAGAGAGAUAUGACCAAGUGUUAUAAUCAACGAGAGGUCACUAGGAAACGAGACCGGCAAACUGGAUUGAACAAUGUCUCGUAUAAAAUAUUGGAUACAAUCAAGAUGACUAUAUCAGAUACUUCCCUAACGGUAAUCAACAUUUCCCUGCUGUGUGACAAAUCCAGCACACCGUGGUGCGAAUGUGACAAGCUAGUCGGAUCGAAGGAUCAAGGGCGGUCGAAAGAGAAAAAGAAGACUAAUAAUAGUAAACUCGCCACUGGAUUGUAAUUAUAAUCUUUAGUAAUUUAAUUGUUGAAGAUAUUACAAAUGUACUCGAGAACGACCCUCGCAUUCUUCCAUUUUUUUUAUGUACUCCACGUAGAUAAAUAAAGUAGUCCCCUACAGUUUGUUCACACGUUGCUCAUAUAGGAGAUUCUAUUUAUAGUACAAAUUAUUUAUACACACAUUAAAAAAAAAAUGCUUUACAUGGUAUCCUAUUAAAGUUUUGUCAGAAAAUCAAGAUUACUCAUUGUCAGAAAAAUUGACGAGAAUGUAAGUUGACAAGUUACUUAAAUAUAAACGUUUACGACUA